AUGAGAUCGUUAACAUCACCAUCAGUUCUUAGUGAUGUAUUUAUACAAUAUACUGAUCGUGUUAUCCAACACUUUUCACCAAAAGAAAAACUAUCACUUGAAAUAAUAAAAGAUCUUCAUAUACUUGUUGAUAAAUUAUUACGUGAAUUUUCUAAUCAUAAUUUACGUUUAUCAAAUAAACUUUUUAAUGAUGAUCCAGAUUAUAAAUGGUUCGUGCUUCAAUACAAGAACUUUAUCAAUGAUAAAGAUGAUGACAUCGAAUAUGAAAUGUUAACAGUUUUUGUUCAAAAGCUCAAAAAUAAAUUAAACAGUAUUUUUAAAGAGCUGAACGAAAAAGAAAAACAAGAAGAACAAUAG